CUUCCCAUUAAUUCAUCCCACACAAUCAGCUUGUUCAAUAUUCUUCUUUCUUAUAACCUUCCCCAGAUGGCUGCACUCGGCUUGAAAAAGAAUCUACUAACCCUCAUUCCAGUUGUAAUCUUAGCACUAGUACUUGUCCCCGGCAAAGUGAAGGGUCAAAAUUCGGUGGCCGAUAUUGUGACGGAUGAUUUCUUUAAUGGGAUACUGAAUCAGGCGAGUGGAGAUUGUCCAGGAAAGAGCUUCUACACAAGAGCUGCCUUCCUUAGUGCUCUUAGCUCGUAUGAUCAAUUCGGGUCUGGUUCUGCUGACGAGUCCAAGCGUGAGGUUGCUGCUUUCUUCGCUAAUGUUGCACAUGAGACAGGAUCUUUGUGCUACAUAGAAGAGAUAAACGGUGCUUCGCAAGACUACUGUGAUGAGACCUAUACACAGUAUCCAUGCAACCCUGAUAAGAAAUACUAUGGUCGUGGACCACUUCAGUUAACUUGGAAUUACAACUAUGGAGCUGCUGGAAAUAGCAUUGGAUUUGAUGGAUUAAACUCCCCUGAAACUGUAGCCACAGACCCUGUUAUUUCAUUUAAGACAGCCUUAUGGUUUUGGAUGACCAAUGUUCACCAAGUCCUAAACCAAGGGUUUGGUGCAACCAUUCGAGCCAUUAACGGUGCAAUUGAAUGCAAUGGUGGGAACCCUGGUGCUGUCCAAUCUCGUAUCCAAUAUUACACUCAAUAUUGCAACCAACUCGGUGUUGCUCCCGGUGAUAAUCUCAGUUGCUAGGAGCUGCUGGAUCAUGAUCAUGUCUGCGUCUCGAUCUUUUCUGGGAUAUCAUGUACUGAUCUAGCUUGCUUAAUAAUUAAUUAAUGAGCUAGUAAACUUAAAUAAUGUAUACAAUAAAAUGAAAUAAAGAGUGCCAACUAGUUAAGUUGGCAAAAUAAUUAAUUAAAGAACAUUAUUAUUAUUAUUGUUAUUAUUUUGCUUCAAUUAAUAUUUAAUUCCACUGCAU